GGACAAAACUUAUUUCCGUUAUCUGCGUUUGACACGUCAGUGUUUUUAAAUGUCCGAGAAUAAAAAGAUAGAAAUAAUGUGGAAAAUAUUAAUAUUUUGCUUGUUCUUUACGGUGAUAAAUAGUGCAGAAGUAGUAAAUAAAAAUGUUAUUAAUAGGAAAGUUGUGAGAUCCAUUGAUUUAAACUCACAAUUGGUAAAAAUUAGCGGAACAAUUACACUUGAAAAUGCCGGUAAAGAAGCGGUAGGAAAUUAUUUGAUUGGUUUUGAACGAGAUCUUCAAGGAAGCAUUGCAUAUAUAACAGUUCAAGAUUCAUUAAAAACACCUUUAAAAGCUGGAAGAGUAGCAGUUGUUGGAGCUGGUACAACUGAAGUUUUUUAUAAUGUUCAGUUAAAGAGUAACGUAGAACCUGGUAAAACAGCGACUAUUCUCUAUGAAGUUGUACUUACCAAAGCUCUUCCACCUUAUCCAAGUAGCAUAACUCAAAAAGAGAAACAGCUUGUCAGAUACUUUGGAAAUCAUUAUUUCUACUCUCCAUACUAUACAGAAUAUCAGAAGACUGAUGUUUUGGUAUCUUCAAGAGCUGUGGAAACUUACUCAAAACUAAAACCAGUGAGUCAAACUGAUUCAACAAUUUCUUACGGGCCAUAUGAGAAAGUUCCAGCAUAUUCUAUUGACCACAUGACUAUACACUAUGAGAACAAUGCUCCAUUUUUGACAGUUACUAGGUUGGAACGUACUAUUGAGGUGUCACACUGGGGAAAUAUUGCAAUAGAAGAAGCUAUUGAAAUCAAACAUACUGGAGCUAAAUUGAAAGGCCCCUUCUCAAGAUAUGAUUAUCAAAGAGAUACAAGCAGUAAUCAUCAUAGCAUUAAAAGUUACAAAACAGUUUUACCGGCUUUGGCUCAUAGUAUCUACUAUAGGGAUAUGAAUGGCAACAUUUCUACAUCUAGUGUCAAACCUAAAAAGGACUACAUCGAAUUAGAACUAAGGCCAAGAUUCCCUCUCUUUGGCGGCUGGCAAAGUUCUUAUAUAUUGGGAUAUAGUGUUCCAAGUUAUCCAUAUUUAUUCAGAAAAUCUAAUGGAGAGUUUGUUUUAAAUGUCCGUCUAUUAGAUCAUGUUUUUGAUGAUAUGGCGGUAGAGGAAUUGGAAACUAAUAUUGUUCUUCCUGUUGGUGUAUCUAAUAUCAAAGUAAAAACACCAUAUGAAGUUAAAAGAUUGCCUGAUGGAGUUGCAUAUAAAUAUUUGGACAAUAUUGGAAGGACCGUUAUUAGAGCAUCAAAGAGUAAUUUGGUCGAGCAGCAUAUUCAAGAUAUUGAAAUUACGUAUGGCUGGCCAUCCCAUAUGUUGCUACACGAACCAGUUUUGGUAUCCAUAGCUUUAUUCUUAACAUUUAUCAUUGUAAUAAUUUAUGUAAGAUUAGAUUUUUCAAUAAGAAAGCCUGAACAUGCUAAAAAAGACUAAAUGUAUUAGGUUUCUGCUUUUUUAUAUAUCAGUAGUGUUGCAAAUAAAUGUACCUAUUGAUAAUUAAGGCAUUUUAGUAAUUUCCUAUAAAAAAAGAAUUUGGCACCACUAUAAAAAUAUAUUUGACUACAGACAUACACC